AUGGAUGAAAGCCAACCUCAAGGAAUCAGGAAGAACAAACCUUUUAGACUGGAAGCAAGCUGGUCUCUAAGGGAGGACUAUCUUAAAGUGGUGGAGGAAGCCUGGCUCAGUCCCAUGGAAUCUGAGAACAAACUGCAUGCCUUUAAAGAGGGACUUAAAUCUGCUUUUGUUCCUAAUAGACUCAUUUAUGAUAAUGUGAUAAUGGCCUUUGAAGCUUUGCAUACUAUGAAGGCUAAAAUGAUAGGAAAGGAGGGUUACAUAGCACUGAAAUUAGACAUGAGCAAAGCCUAUGAUAGGCUAGAAUGGAGCUUCAUCAAAGCAGUGUUUAUCAAAAUGGAUUUUUGCAAUCAAUGGAUAGAGUUGGUGAUGAAAUGCAUUGAGACAGUAUCAUAUGCUAUCAUUGUCAAUGGAAACCCUCAAGAAUCUUUCCACCCAACUAGAGGGAUUAGACAAGGAGACCCCCUUUCACCUUAUAUUUUCAUCAUAUGUGCUGAGGCACUUAGUAGUCUGAUCAAUAAAGCUGAAGGGGAGGGACUGAUCCAUGGGGUCCCUAUUGCAAAAAAUAGGCUCAGAGUUUCACAUCUCUUUUUUGCUGACGAUUGCCUUAUUUUUUGCAAAGCUAAUGCCAUUGAAUGGGAUAGACUUUUUGGGUUAUUAAGAGCCUAUGAAUCAGCCUCAGGUCAAAGGCUUAACUUGGAGAAAACUUCUAUCAUAUUCAGCAAGAAUACAGCAAGGGCCACACAACAGUUCAUCAUGUCUAUUGCUGGGGUAAAGAAUGGCAUGUCAUAUGAGAAAUACUUGGGACUGCCCUCAGUGGUGGGAAAGAAUAAAGCCAAAACUUUUAAAGGAAUUUUGGACAACAUUAGAUCAAAAGUCAGUAAUCAUAGGGUUAACAUGCAAUCUCAAGCUGGGAAAGAGAUCUUAUCAAAGUUGUUAUCCAAGCUCUUCCUACCUACACAAUGUAUGCUUUUAAACUCCCUAAUUCCUUACUCAAAGACAUCAACAAGGUCAUCAACAACUUCUGGUGGGGGCAGCAAGGCAGUGAACACAGGAUCCAUUGGAUUUCUUGGAAAAAUAUGGGAAAGGCUAAAUCAGAAGGGGGUGAUCAAGGCCAAGUAUUAUCCAAACUCCACCUUUCAAGAGGCAAAAUUAGGCUCGAAACCAUCUUAUAUAUGGAGAAGCUUCUUAGCAGCUAGGCCAUUAGUAGAGGCAGGAUCCUAUUGGAGGAUAGGAAAUGGUCAUAAUCUUCAGGUUUGGAAGGAUAAAUGGAUAUACUCUCCUAAUCCUAGCAAGGCCCAGAGCAAUGUUAGUGUGCUAGAGAAUAAUGCAACAGUUUCAUCUCUAAUUGAUCCUACCACUAAGCAGUGGAAACAUGCAUUGGUGCAACAGAUUUUCAAUCACGGAGAAGCUGAGUCCAUAAUCAAAACCCCCAUAAGCUGCCUCAACAUCAGAGAUAGACUUGUGUGGCAAGGUACAAAAAAUAGUGAAUUUUCAGUUAGAAGUGACUACCAUAAGGAAAUUGAAAGAAGCCUUCUUGUUUCUAGUCAAGCAUCAAGUAGCUCUUCCUUCAAAGGUUUUUGGCAGUAG